AUGUUGAAUAAACAGACUCUGAUCGCCUUCGUUGGCGCACUGGCUACUGCUGCAGCUAAGACUUCUCCUGAGAAGUACCCUACUGCUGCUGAGAUCGUUGCCUCUCAAGAAUCAGUUCUUCCUUACUCCCCAGUCUCUAACGUACGAGGUCUGGCAUUUGACCGGUUCGCUCAGAUCUGGAUUGAGAACACUGACUAUCAAACUUCUGCCGAUGAUGAGAACUUCCAAAAGCUGGCUCAAGAGGGUAUCCUUCUGACCAACUACCAUGCCCUCACUCACCCAUCGGAACCAAACUACUGUGCUUCCGCAUCGGGUGACACCUUUGGAAUGGACAACGAUGACUUCCACCAGCUACCCGCCAACAUCUCGACAAUUGCUGACCUGUUCGACACCCGCGGCAUUGCCUGGGGCCAAUACCAGGAGGACUUGCCUUACGCCGGCUACCAGGGCUACCGGUACCCAGAGAGCGGAGCUAACAAGUACGUGCGCAAGCACAACCCUUUGAUCCUCUUUGACUCGGUUACAAACGAUGCCGUUCGUCCCCGCCAGAUCAAGAACUUUACCACCUUCGCCGAGGACUUGAAGCACAAAAGUAUCCCGCAGUACUUGUUCAUCACACCAAACAUGACCAACGAUGCCCACGACAGCAACAUCACCGUUGCAGGUGACUUCCUCGCCCGCUUCGUGCCCCCGCUCGUGAGGCACAAAUACUUCAGCAAGGACGCCCUGAUCCUGCUCACCUUCGAUGAGACCGGCAACUACACCGAGCCUAACCGCGUGUACUCGAUUCUCCUUGGUGGAGCUGUCCCCAAACACCUGAGGGGUACCACAGAUAACACCUUCUACACCCACUACUCCAUCAUUGCCUCUCUCUCCGCAAACUGGGGUCUCCCCUCUCUCGGCCGUUGGGAUUGUGGCGCUAACCUACUCAGUCUCGUUGCCGAGAAGACCGGUUACGUGAAUUGGGAGGUCGACACUGGCAAUCUCCUCCUGAACGAUACCUAUCCCGGCCCUCUUUCUGAAAACACCUACUCUGAAUAUGAGCCCCUCUGGCCUUCUCCUGCUACCAGUGGCCACUGCUCUGCUGGUAACGGUAUUCUUGAUGCCGUUAAGCGCACUUGGGAGGGUUACAAGCCUACCUACAAUUACAGCAGCCCUGUUCCCUAUGAUGCGGCUAGUGGCACCAAUGUUGGUAUCAAAUUCAGCCGAACCUUGCUUAACGGCAGCAAGCAGAGAGGCAUCACCGAGUAA